CAAACCUCGUCAGCAUCUCCAAGAUGUGCUUUCCAGCUCCUCUUUCCAUUCAUAUUAUAUACAUACACAAAUACAAGAAAAGUUAUAAUAACUAUGCCAAAACCCAAAUCACACCAACUCUCUACUCUUUCCCUCAAAGAAAAUGUCACAUGAGGGACAUAAUCCCGGCGAUAUGAACAUCAUGGGUGGUCGUGGUGAUGACAUGCCUGGUAUGAGUGGCGGCAACAUGUCCGGUAUGGGUGGCGACCUGAGAAACACAACAGAGGUGAUGAUGCACUCGAGCCUCUACUGGGGAAAAGAUGCUGUGAUCUUGUUCUCUGGUUGGCCAAACCAGAAUCUUGGUAUGUAUGUGCUUGCUUUCUUCUUAAUCUUUCUGAUAGCUGUAGCUUCUGAGGUUUUGUCUGUCUCUCCAACUAUAAAAGCCGGCACCAGCCCCAUCAAGGCGGGUGCCAUUCAAGCCAGCGUCUACGCUUUCAGGAUGGGUUUUGCUUAUCUAGUCAUGCUCUCUGUCAUGUCCUUCAACAUAGGAAUCUUCAUAGCUGCUGUGGCUGGACACACCCUCGGAUUCUUCCUCAUCAAAACUCGUUCACAUGCCCAGACCAACCAAGCUGCUCCCAAAGUCUGAACAAUAUACAUAACUACUUUCUAUGCUGUGUGUUUACCUCUAGUGCUUGCCCUCCCGGAUAAAAUAACAAUAAAUGGGAUCUUAGGGUGUAUGUUCUGUUGUGUUGUUUGUGGUUUGUAAUAAAGUCUUGUUAAUGCGGCCUUUGUUCCUAGUUUCGUUAUGGUUAAGGUUGUUGACUAAAAAGUUUAGGUCUGCAUCAAAGGCAAGUGUGCUGAGUUCUGUGUAAUGACAUUGUAAUCUAGACCAUUGUUUGGUAUGGUCCCACAGUGAAAUCUUGUGUAGAGCUCACACUUAUAAUCAAUGACUAGAAUAAAUAAAUGGUUAUUUUAGUUAUUA